CCAAUCCCCAUCCAUAAUGAGUUUGUAGUGACUAUGCAACCUUCAUCUUUAAAAUCAAACACACCAACAAGAUGACCACAAAACUUACCAAACAAUAUAAGAUUUUGAUUUUCACACUCUUCACUUAAAAUCAUAUCUGUGCAUAACUCCCAAGAAUAAAGAUCCAAGAAAAGCAUAUUUUUUACAACACUACAAAAAUGUAAAUUAAUAAACAAUUUUUGUCUUUGAAAAAUUGAUUUUUUUUUUCCACAGAACCUUGAAGGCAUCCAGGUGCUAUGUUCUUAAAUGCACAUUUUGCCUAUAAAAUAUGUUUUGUAUUUUAUAUCAUAUAUUAAGUGGAUAACCUAAUUAUUAUAUUAUUUAAUCAUGUCAUUCUUAAUGUGUUCUAAAUGCCCCAUUAGGGUGGUGAAAGCAUAAAAUAUCUUUACUCAUGGUAAAUCGACGGCAUCCAAAGCCUAUGGUGCACAGAGUAACACUUCCUUCUCCCCGGUUGAUCCAGCGAUGAUCAGUAAAGAGGGUUAGAGAAGGUAAAGGGAGAGGAAAUGAGCAUCGCCCUUGUACAAAGCAGUUGCCUUGGUAUGUGCAUGAGAAUUUUAACCUCACCUUCCCUACCUCCCUAAGAUGGUAACUACCUUGAACUUAUACUAUGCCAUCUCAUGGCAAACAUAUAUGGGAUGGAAAACAAAUCUGUGAUUUGAGAAAAUUAAUUGUUUUUAACAUUUAUACACAUAACUAUUCGCAUGCAGUUGUUUUGACACACUCUUCUCAUAUGGAUGAUGAUAUGGUCGACUGCAUAAAAGUCGAGAUUGAAUCCGUGUCUGGAGUCAUGCAAGAGUGGCUUUGUCUCCCUGUAUGAUGUAAUAAAUGUACAUAGCACUUACAAUCACCACACCAACCCCUGACAUGGCAUUUUAUGCUUUCUAAUUAGCUGUGACACAAAUUAAUUGAAAAAUAUAAAUUCCGAUGCCACAAAAGCCGAAUGCAACUCGUUCGUGUUUUUUUGUUUUUGUUUUUUUUUUUUUUUUGUUUCGUUGGUUUUUUGGGGUUUUUUACGAGUAUUUCUUGACCAUUAUGCUUAUGACUUUUGUACAUAGUCAUCGUGCAAAACUGUGUCAGACUCUAGCUGUUCAUAGCACGAACUUGUGUUCAUAUCUUUUCGCCGUAUUUAUUAUUUCGCUCACCCCAUCUCCGGGUCGCUUAUUGGUGCUGUUAAUAACAAAACGUAUGUUUUAAUCACAAACAUACACUGAUAUGUUAAUAAUGAAUAAAAAUAAAUAAGAUAACCGUGUUGUCACGGCUGUGAAUAACAGUUAAUUCGUGGUGUUGUCUUCAUUCAACAUAAACUGACGUUAGUAAUGAAUAAACAUACAGAUCAGAAAGUGUGAUUUUGAUAGGCAUGUUUACAUUCUUUUUAACUACAUGUACAGUUUCUUUUAAAGAGGUUUAUCAAACAACAUUAGUGUAAAAGCUCUUCCCUCUCGAAGUGUGAACUACAAGCUAGACCGCGAUCCGAAACUCGUUGACACGGAAGUGCAUGAAUAACUUUUGACCCCGAAAGUUCAAAGUGUACUCUGCAUAUAAGCGAGUCUUGACGAACGUAAUGACGAAGCAAAGUGCAUCAUCGAUUCCAUGCACAUGAUCUCCAACUGGUGCAAGUCCUUUAGUAUAUCGUACUGGCAAGAUAGCCCCUUUAGAAGAUGUCAACUGCUGAAACACCAAAAGAAAACAGGCCAGCCAUCUUAUCAGAAGAACAUGAGGAGACAGAUGAGGAUGAACAGCUUGCUGUGGAGCUCUCAGAAAUAAAUAAGAAGAGGCCUCUGAUCCUUAUAGAGGUGGUGAUUUUUCUGUAUUUUUUCAGUCUAGCCAUAUCUUCUCCUGUCUUGCAGUUCUACCUGUAUCAAAGAUUCUCAAAGGAGCUUGGAUGGAAUGGAGGGGACAGUGAAAACUACUGCAGUAACUCAAGCCAAACAACCAACUCACUUGAGGACAAAGUACAGCUUAAAACAAAUGACUUUAUCAUGUAUUUUUACUUUAUCUGUAACUUUCUGUCCUUUAUUCCUGGACUUCUGUUUGGAAAUUUGACUGACAGGUUUGGGAGAAAAUUUGUGAUCGUACUUUCUUUAAUAGGCCUUUUUCUAACUCAGUUAUCAUUUGCAUCCAUUUUUUACUGGAAACUGCAACCAGAGUUGCUUUUCGUAAGCAGUAUCUUUCAAGGUCUGAGUGGUUACUAUGGUCUCUUUCUUGCUGCAGCGUUUGGUAUGGUUGCAGACUUCACACAUGAUGGAAAGAACCGUUUAUUGCGAGUUACAACCUGUGAGGGAAGCAUAGCCAUAUCAGUAUCUUUAGCAACAGUUCUGUCAGGAAUAUCGAUAAAAACCUUUGGUUUCAUCUGGCCAACAAUCUUUUCAGCAGGAAUGACAACUCUUUCCAUUAUUUUUGCGUGCUUUUUCUUACCCGAAACACACCAUCCUUCCAGCAGUGUUCCUGUGACAUGUGCACUCUUCAUCAGAUGCUUUCAAUUUUAUGUGAAAGACACCCCAACAAAACGCCGAUUCAAGCUGAUUGUCUGCCUCAUUUGUUUUUUGACUACACAGGCAGCAGUAAUUGGAGACAGUAAUAUCAACAUCCUCUAUCUGCUAAAUAGCCCAUUUUGUUGGGCUGAAGUUAAGAUCACUAUUUUUGGUGGAGUUUUUGUCCUGGCUAAAUGGAUUAUUGUUUUGACAUUGGUACAUUUUGGCAAAGGCUGGAUUUCAGAGACAAGCUUUGUAUUGAUUGGUGUUUUCUCUGCAGCAGCUGGUUAUUUAUGCAAAGGAAUCGCAUGGGGAGAUCUUCUCAUUUAUAUUGGUGCUGCUGCUGGAUUACUGACAGACAUUGUAUCACCUAUGUGCAGGACUUAAUGUCUAAGGCAGUGGCUCCUGAUGAGCAGGGUGCAAUAUUUGCUGGAAUUGGAGUGCUACAAAUGAUAAUUUCCUCACUGGCAGGUGUUUUAUUUUCAUCCAUCUACAAAGCAGCACUGGGUGUUUAUGAGGGUCUGCCAUUUAUCACUAUGUCUGGUUUGGCCAUCACUAAUACAAUAUUUCUUAUACCUCUAAUCAUCAGAAUACGGCGACACCCAGAACAGGGGGAGGCAGUUGGCUACACUCAAGCCAUCGAUACCUGACCUUCUACAGCUUUUUUUUUUUUGUUUUGUGAUCUAUACAUGAUCUAUACAUGGUAUCUAUACAUGGUAUCUAUACAUGGUUGUGCACAUGGAAUUGUGUGUAUGUGUAAUGUGGGUAAAUAGGUAAGUGGAGGUAUGGGCAUAAUAAGACAAUAGUUUAUGCUGAUUUUUUUAUCACUUCAAUGCUAAAUAUACAAUUACGUGCCUCUUAAUGACAAAAUACUUUUUUGUUUUGUUAAGCAAUUUCAUGGUUAUUAUAGUGUUCGUACACAGACUUUUUUAUUACCAUUAUCAAUUAUCAUUCCUCAGUUUGUCAUCCAUGCACUUGGUUCAUGUGUUUUAUUAUGGCGUCACCUGUGUGCAUGAUGAUGCUUUGUGUGUGGUUGGCUGUUAGUUCGUUUGUAGUCUUUCAUGUGCAUUGCAUUGAGCUUCCACACAGGAAAAUGUGCUUUACAUUCAUUAUUUCAGUAAAACCAUCCUAUUAAGACUUGCUAAAAUCCACCAAAAUCAGGUCAUAACUAGAGGGGUUGUCAUAGGGAGAUCAACCAGUCUGGUUUGAUUCCAGGACCAAUGGCUUCAGGCACCUAUAAAUUUAAAUUCAUUUAUUAAAAUGGUGAUAAUAGAGCUCUUAAAAACUAUAUAAUCCUUUUUUUAUGUUGUUGUUUUGCAUUUACUUGGUCAUGUUUAUUCUUCCAGUGUUGAGCUUGAUUAAAAUUUACAGGGAAACUAAGUUUCCAAGUAUAUGAGCAAUCAGUCAAUACACAUAUAUACUGCUGUAAACAAAGAUGUUCAUUUAAAGUGCACAAUUUAUAUUUUUUAAUGUGAUUUCAGCAAAUCGCAAUAAUGCACAAAUAGGCAGUCAUAAGAAUUUUAUUUCAAAUAUGACUUCUGCAAAAGUUCGUUUAUUAACUUAUGAAGCACAAUUACUGAUGUGUCUAUAAGAAGACAACCACAGACUUCUGACUAUAAUUAUUAAACAGGGACCGGCCAUUUUGACCAAAAAUCAUAUCGCUCCAAUUUUUUUAAAAAAAUUUAAGAGAAAAUGUUAUGCUCACUUGUAUGGAUUUUUUCCUCUUAAUGUGUGCUGCCAGUUGCCAUUUUUUAGCAAAAUAUUGGUUGAACUUACUUGAACAACGUAAAGUCAUCGGACAUCAAUUUGUCUUUGCAGCAUAUAUAGGAUUGUUAAACCCCAGCAGGUGCACAUAGCGUUAUGGGAGAUGAUGUAAUUAUGUAAGUAUAUUCUUGAUAAAUGAUCAUGAUAAUACGAAAAAUAGUUUUAGAUGCUAAUAAAAGUCAUAACUGAAAGGAGAACAAUUGAAAGAAAUCAAAACCAAAAUGAACAGGGAUGCUUAAACCAUUCCAUCUAUAGGCAUACAAGAUGCAUAUAGAAUGCCUGGUGUAAUGGUUUACCAAGGCUGAACUUUAAUGAAAUGUUCUUUUCUAGUCUUUCAUGUACAGUUAUUUAACUUUUUUACUGAGAUGUUAAUUAUUCCUCCUGCAUCGAUUUUGCACCAUUUGUGAUACUCUUCACAUACAAUUUAAUCUGGUUUGGGGAGAAUUCCCUCAUGUUUACAUUUUAGCCUGUUGUAUUUUUUUCUUCCAUUAAUCUUCCUUUUUUUCCCUCAGAUAUAGGACCCACUCUUUUUUUCAUUUGUUUCUGGAUGUGUGCUCCUAUGGUCUUGGUUAUGUUUGCAUAAUUUUUUGAAAAUAGCCGUUUUAUAUCUGCAAUCUUUGACUCUAAUGGAAAAGAUGCUAAAAGAUAAAUAUCCAACCAUGAUAAAAUAUUUGAUAAACAACUAAUCAGACUGAUUUUGUUUGAUGCCUCAUUGUGGUUGCAAUUAUCAGAAGUGAGCAAGGUGUUAUCUAUCAGUUUGUCUUCUUGUAAUUGCAAACACUCUUUUAUGCCAGAAACAAGUUCAUUAUUUAUUAUGCUUUAUUAAAAUGACUUAUGUGUUCUCAUUGUUGUUUUAAGGAGACUUGUUAUUUUGUCUAUUUUUAUUCCUUGUUACUUGUUGAGGAACGUAGGGUCGCAACAGCACCUUGCCAGCAGAUCCAGUUUUGGGCAGACCCCCUCAGUUGGGCCAUAUUUGGUUCUGGCAUCCUUUGCCUCCCUGUCUGCUGUAUUUUUCGGUCUGCUUUGGUCUUCCAAUUCUCCUCUUUCCCUGAGGGUUCCAGUCAAAUGCCUGCCUGGCAAUGGUGUCAGCUGGUUUGCGCAGAGUUUGUCCUAUCCAGCCCCAUUUGCGCUCUUUGAUGUCUUGGACUAGUGGCAU